AUGGAGUGUGUAACCACAACUCUCUCCUCCUGGUCUGGGCAUGCUAGAAAAUGCAACGAAACAGCCAAGUCCUAUUGUGUCAAUGGUGGGGUAUGCUACUACAUCGAGGGGAUUAAUCAGCUGUCUUGCAAGUGUCCGAUCGAAUUCACAGGAGACCGGUGUCAGCAUUUCGCAAUGGUCAGCUUCUCCAAGCAUCUUGGAUUUGAAUUAAAGGAAGCGGAAGAGCUCUACCAGAAGAGAGUUUUAACCAUCACAGGAAUCUGUGUUGCCUUGCUUGUGGUGGGCAUCGUCUGUGUGGUAGCUUACUGUAAAACCAAGAAACAAAGAAAACAAAUGCAUAAUCAUUUACGGCAGAACAUGUGCCCUGCCCAUCAGAACAGGAGCCUUGCAAACGGGCCAAGCCAUCCACGUUUGGAUCCUGAGGAAAUCCAAAUGGCCGAUUAUAUUUCUAAGAAUGUUUCUGCCACCGAGCAUGUGAUCCGAAGGGAAACAGAGACAACCUUUUCAGGAAGUCACUCCUGCUCCCCAUCUCAUCACUGCUCCACAGCCACUCCAACGUCCAGCCAGAGACAUGAAAGCCACACCUGGAGCUUGGAGCGGACGGAGAGCCUGACUUCAGAUUCCCAGUCUGGGAUAAUGCUGUCCUCAGUGGGAACCAGUAAAUGCAACAGCCCUGCGUGCGUGGAGGCACGGGCUCGCCGCGGGGCCGCCUUCUGCAUUGAGGAUGCGCGGAGGCCCAUGACGCAGUAUCGUGACUCCGUGGAUUCUCUGCGGGACUCACCGCACAGCGAGAGGUACGUGUCGGCCCUGACCACACCAGCACGCCUGUCGCCUGUCGACUUCCACUACUCGAUGGCUGCGCAGGUGCCCACCUUUGAGAUCACCUCCCCCAACUCGGCACACGCCGUCUCCUUGCCCCCGGCGGCCCCCAUCAGCUUCCGCGUGGAGGAACAGCAGCCCCUCCUGCGGCGGUACCAGCUCCCCUUCCAGGACACGCAGAGGUACGACAGCUACUACCAAAGGAAGACCUACCUAAACGACAGCAUGGGGAGCCUGCCCUCCAGCCCCUUCCGGAUCACGGAGGACGAUGAGUAUGAGACGACGCAGGAGUAUGUCACAGCGCUAGAGCAGCCAAAGAAAACAGCCAGCAGCAACAGGCGGUGGAAAAAAUCCAAACUGAACGGGCACGUCCCUCACAGAGCCAGAGCCGUCCGGGACUCCUUCUCCUUGAGCAGCGCCUCUUACAGCGAGUCUGACGAGGAGCUGGUGGCUGAGAGCACCCCCUUCCUAAGCACUCAGAACAAUGAGGCGGCGCACACAGAGUCGCCCCCGCUCCACCGGCCGGGCGACAGCCGGACUCACUACUCCUGCAGCAGGCACAGCGCUCCCGGGGAGAGCGGGCGCAGCAGCCUGGCGCACACGACGCCCAAACCGGACCCGGAUCCUCUCUAG